AAAUUCAACUUGCCCUUUACGGCAGCCUUCUAUUUGCUAUGACAAGAGAAACCUUCUGCUAACCUUGCCGGCCUCUGUUUACGCGUAAAACCCUAAUUUCUUCUCCCUUUUCCCUUCCCAUUAUUGCAUACUCGAGCGUUUUUUUGCUAUACCAAACGAAACGCUUCGAAAACCUACCAAUUUUUUUCUGCUAAAAAGGGGAAUAAUUCUUCACGCGAUUCUUCUACAAUAAAUAUUUAUCAGCAAAGCAAUGGAAGUGAAUGGAAAGGAUGAUUUGAGGUCACCACUUUUGAAACAUCAAAAUGGUUCUGUUGUCACCAUUGCGCCCCCAAAUAAUGGCGGAAACAAGAAGAUUAGGACCCUUUCCUUCAAAGUUGGGGGCAUAACAUGCGCAUCUUGUGUUGCUUCCAUAGAAUCUGCACUUGGGAAGUUGGAAGGUGUCCAGAGUGUUAUGGUCUCGGCGCUUCAAGGCCAGGCUGUAGUGAAGUACCUACCACAACUCAUAAGCGCAAAAACUAUAAAAGAAGCAGUGGAAGACACAGGUUUUGAAGUUGAGGAGUUUCCGGAGCAAGAAAUUGCAAUAUGCCGGCUCAGAAUUAAAGGUAUGGCAUGCACAAGCUGUUCUGAGUCAACAGAACGUGCCCUUUUAAUGGUUGAUGGAGUGAAGAAUGCGGUUGUUGGUUUAGCUCUUGGAGAAGCUAAAGUCCAUUUUGAUCCGAGUGUUACUGAUACCAACCGUAUAAUUGAAGCCGUAGAAGAUGCUGGCUUUGGAGCUGAUCUCAUAAGCUCUGGAAGUGAUGUGAAUAAAGUACAUUUAAAACUGGAAGGAGUCACUUCUGAUGAUGAUUUCAUUACUAUCCAAAACUCACUCGAGUCUUUGGAAGGUGUAAAUCACGUUGAAACAAAUAUGGAUGAGCAUAAGGUGACUAUAAGUUAUGAAUCGGAGAUUAUUGGUCCAAGAACUCUGAUACAGUGCAUCGAGCAAGGUGGCAACGGAGACAACCCUUAUAAGGCAACCUUGUACACUCCACCUAGAGGAGGAGAAACAGAGAGACAGCAUGAGAUCCUUACAUAUCGGAAUCAAUUUUUUUGGAGUUGCCUAUUUUCGGUUCCAAUAAUUGUUUCUUCUAUGGUACUUCCAAUGCUUCCUCCAUAUGGAAAUUGGUUAGACUACAAGGUUAUCAAUAUGCUAAGUGUUGGGGUAGUUUUAAGAUGGUUACUUUGCACACCCGUGCAGUUUAUAAUAGGCAGAAGGUUUUAUGCAGGAUCAUAUCAUGCUCUGAGACGGAAAUCUGCUAAUAUGGAUGUUCUUGUUGCCUUGGGAACCAAUGCUGCUUAUUUCUAUUCGAUAUAUAUAAUGAUAAAAGCAUUGACUUCAGAGUCAUUUGAGGGGCAGGAUUUCUUUGAGACUAGUUCCAUGUUGAUAUCUUUCAUUCUCUUGGGAAAAUAUCUGGAGGUUUUGGCGAAAGGAAAAACAUCAGAUGCUUUAGCUAAGUUGACAGACCUAGCUCCGGACAUGGCUUACCUUCUAACACUAGAUGGUGAUGGAAAUGUCAUUUCAGAAAUGGAAAUUAGCACACAACUGAUACAAAAAAAUGACAUACUUAAGAUUGUUCCGGGAGCCAAAGUUCCUGCUGAUGGUAUUGUUGUUGAUGGUCAAAGUUAUGUGAAUGAGAGCAUGAUUACAGGAGAAGCCAGUCCCGUUGCUAAAAAGCCUGGUGAUAAGGUGAUUGGCGGGACUGUGAAUGAGAAUGGAUGUAUACUUAUCAAGGCCACUCACGUUGGUUCAGAAACUGCACUUUCGCAAAUUGUUCAAUUAGUUGAAGCUGCUCAGCUUGCCAAAGCACCUGUUCAGAAGUUAGCUGACCAGAUUUCGAAGUUUUUUGUACCCACAGUUAGUUCCAUUGCCUUUUCCAUAAUAGAAUUUACAUAUAAUUGUCUUUGCAGUCUAAAGUUCCUAGAAUGUUUUAUUUUACCAUAUAAAAGAUGGAGUUGGGAUAGAAAAGCAAAUGUUUAAUGUGGAUAUAAAUUG